UCUGGCUCUUUUUCGGGUUCUGGAUAUGAAUAACUCUUCGUGGGAUCUGUAAUCUCAACAGCCAACCAGAGAUAUGUAGCGGAUGCGAAGCAACGCGUUGUUUGUCAGGGCCGAUUUGGUCGAGUAUCUUGGUGUACAAAGCGUUCAGCUCGUCUGGUAACGCAUCAAAAGUUUCGCGAAUCGAAGCAAAUUGAGGAUUCUCUUGGCUAGUGAGAAGGAGUUGCUCGACUACCAGAACGACCCACAAAAAUACACCUUUUGCUUUAUCACCGAUCUCACCUAUCAGGUGAUCAAUCUCGAGUGGCAUGACAGCGCGAAGAUCCUCGAUAGCUGGGUUUCGCCCAAGCUUUUGCUCGACAUAAAUAUCAAUGUCGGGCUUCGUCAAUUUAUGCAUAGAAAGAGAGGGGCUUUGUCGAAAGGCAUCGGCGAAUACGUUCCAGGGCCUGCUUGAAACGCAUAGCUUCAGGUCGAACCUCUGAUGCAAGUCUGUUAGGAAUGCAGUCAACUCCCGCGUAUUCCCAUCGUACUCGUCGAGCCCAUCAAUGAAGAGAGCAACGCGUAGAUUUUUCGAUCCUGCAUUGGAGACCAAACGGAAAAGACAGUUCAAAGAACAUGCGUCUCCGAGGGGCGAGAAACCCAGCGAGUUCUGGCUUUUGCCCAAGUAGCUGAUGUAGCAAUGUCUUCAAGAGACCAGUGCGAGACCUUUGCAUGACAGAACCCGGACCCCAGAAAUAAAACGUGGCGACAAGCAGCUCACAAUCACCAGCCCAUUUAUGAAGGCCUUCUUUCAAUAGAUGGUGUUCAGACAUAAACUUCAUCAGCGUGCUCUUUCCCGAAGCGGGUACCCCAGUUAUCCAGAAAAUGGAAGGAUCUUGACUACUGAGCCAUUGAGGGAAUCGGCUCGUAUCGCCAGCCAUUGAUUGAUCUACAUUGUUCUCCGAAUUCUGGAAGAGCCAUUGGAAAGUGUUUGGAAAAGCUACAGCAAUUCUUUUCGCUCGAUCGGCGAUUUCUUCGAACCCGAGACUUUCGAUGAUCUUAUUUGAUAUGUUAUGCGAGGCUUGUGUGUCUGGAACGGAGGGAACAGACGGAGGUGAACGCAACUUCGCAUUAUCGUCCGAAUAAUUAACCAGGCUAGUAGCAGGCCAUACGGCUUCGAGCAAGGGAGCUGAAAGCGCCUUUCCUCCGGUGGGUGUAGUGCCCUGUUUUAUGGCUGCGAGAUUAGCCUCGAUGCGUGAGAGUGAGGAAUCAGAAGCGCUGUGGUUUGUAUGCAGUAGAAUAAUUCUGGCACCCACCAUAUACAAGUCAGAACAGUAAGCGUAAUCUGCUCGCGUAUUCUCCCAAGCUGCUUUUCU